UUGGAACAUAACGCUUUUAAAUGUGAAGCUUCACUCCAUUUCUGUGGUUGUUGACAAUUGUCCGGACAUUACAAGAUUUGGAAUUCUUCCUCAGGACAGACUGAAGAUGAAGUUGACUUUAGCAUCAAUCCUAUUUGUUGCUUUCAUGACUACCACCAAGGCUGCUCCAGUCAAAGGACCACAACUGGAUAUAAAGUUUCAACGUGAUACCAUGACGCUGACUCUCAUGUGCAGUACUGGAGACUAUUACAAGUCGUUUGACCUAUUGGUUCUAAAUAUUCUGAAAGCAUCAUGGAGAUUAGUUUCAAAAAAAGUAAUACCGAAGUUUGAAACGUUCUUGAAUGAGACAGUUGAAGAGAGAGCCACAGUGACGUCGAGUGCUGAUCUCAUCAGCAUGCCAGGACCAUGGUUACGGAUUGAGCUGACAGGUGUAACGACCAGAGACUCGGGACAAUACACCUGUUGCAUUGAUUACCGUACGGACGAUGAUGUACUUUGGCAAGCAGACACCAAGAACUUCACUGUAGCAACUGUUUCUACAGCUGGUCCAACCACGCCAGCAAUUGGUCCUUCAGCUGAUCCAACCACGCCAGCAAUUGGUCCUUCAGCUGAUCCAACCACACCAGGACCUGAAAGUGAGCGCAUGGCUGGCAUAAGUGCAGGUGCUAUAUCUGCAAUUGUGAUCGCUGUCGUGUUGGCUGUUGCUAUCACCAUGGGUUGGAUAAUGUACAAGAGGGUAAAGCAUGCCAAAGGUGAAGAUCAGCAUAACGCACAAACAACCGAAAACAAACAAUGAAGAUGACAACCCUGGCUUCUCAAAUAUGUCUAACUAGUGUUUCUCUUUUUAUUUAAACAAUAUAUUAGAAACAAAGCUUAGUAAACUAUGUCUAAAAUGGAUCUGAUGUGGAACUGGAAGUUUUUUGGGCUCACACCGUUGGGUGUGGUACGUUGGGGUACGUUGGGUGUGGUACGUUGGGUGUUUUACGUUAGGUGUGGUACGUUGGGUGUUUUACGUUGGGUGUAGUACUGUGGGUGUUUUACGUUGGGUUGUUACGUUGGGUGUUUUACGUUGGGUGUAGUACGUUGGGUGUGGUACGUUGGGUGUAGUACGUUGGGUGUAGUACGUUGGGUGUAGUACGUUGGGUGUGGUACGUUGGGUGUGGUACGUUGGGUGUUUUACGUUGGGUGUAGUAUGCUGGGUGUUUUACGUUGGGUGUAGUACUGUAGGUGUGUUACGUUGGGUGUAGUAAUGAGGGCUGCCCAGAUGGUACUCGCAUAGUCGCAAGGUCAUUCUCGACAAAAAGCCCUAAUUGGAUGUAAGUGACGUACUUGACAGCCGUCAUGGUAGUACUCAUGAUGGGAGCCAUAGGUGGGGCAGGAUAUGCUCAGCUUUGGCGAACACCUGAUGUCAUAACUUUUUUGACAUUGUGUCUCUAAAACCAAUAAAAUAUAUCAGUCCCGGUUCCUUUAUAUAUCUGUUGAUAUAUCAUAUCUAGAUAUAGACUGCUGAAAAUGGUAUAAUUCCAUGCAUGACUUACAAAAUAACAACAAAUUGUGUGGUUAAAAAUGUCAGGAGUGUAACUUUUGCAUGAAAACAGCAGCUGAAAGUAUAUUUUCUAGUAAUGGCCGAGUCGAAAUAAGUCAAAAUAUAAUGAUUUUUGUGGAGUAUAUUUGUUUUGUCGUGUUACACAAUACAAAUACUUGUACCUAUAUCUCUCCUUAAAUACUCGUACUUUUAAUAUCUGUGUGUAUAUUUCUGUAAGUUUCUGUAAUAAUGUCCGCUACACUCAAAUAUUAGGGGUGUAACACACAUCCUUCCUUUUGCGUAUUAUUGUGUAUCGUGUUGUCUGAUCGUGUAUGUGUGUCUUUACUUCAUUGGAGUACAGUAGGGUGACAUUGAGUAUCAUCACCAAAAAAAAAAAAAAAACCCUCGUAAACAUGAUUUCACAGAUUCCAUAUAUUGUCAUGUCACGUGUGUAACAUUUUUAGCAUAGUCCACACGUAGAGAAUUGUUAGCCAAGUCUUAAAAACUAUUAUAAGAUCAAUAUUGCAUUUUAUGCAAACAAUAGUAUAUAUAGAAUAGUAUAGUGUAUUAGCCUUCCGGAUAAUUGACAUACAUUCCAUAUACAAAUCAAUAACAUUUAACAAGUGCUGCAUAUACGAAGGAUGAACAAUUAAAUACGUUGAUAAUAAAGGCAUAAUGCAUUUUCAAGACAUUUGCCAACAACAAUACGUAAUCUGUUUCUGUUUUGAACUGACAACAACUGCAAACGUUUAAACCCAUAUUUUGUUUUCGCCAGUGGUAUUUCUAAUAUAUAUCGAACGUAAACGCAUAUAAAAUGGACAUUUCUAAAUAAAGUGAUAUUCAUCCUCUAUAUCAUUCCAAUUACAUAUCUGAUAUUUUCGUUGCGACCUUUCAAUAUAAUAAUAUAUACCUUGAUCAACAAACAACUGGUAAGAAGAAACACUAUAUUUUGUGAUAAGAGAAGUCUAACAAUCUGACAAUGAUAGAAAACAUAUCUAUUAAAUGAUUUUCUUACAACCCGUUGGUGAGAACAUCAUUCGUUAUUUUUGAUCACACAAACGUGUUAAGAUAUAUACGUGCGUUAACAGUUUAAAGACAUGUGACUGGCUGCUCCUAGGUGAUGGCAAGGUCACCGAUGCUAUACAAUACAAGUAAAAAAGGAACGGUCGAAUUGAUCACUCUGUGACAAACAAGUUAACCUAAAAUUGACGUGUAUGUGAUGCACAAGUUAACCUAAAAUUGGUAUGUCUGUGACGCACAAGGCAACUAUACACAC